AUGGCUAUUGCUGCAUUAGGACCAGCCACUUCCCUGCGGUUAAACCCAGGGUCAACUCUCCGGUUGCUAUCCUUUUACCCCAAAUCAAGCCCUAGUAACCUCCCUGCAAUCCUCAAGACAAUAACAAAACCUCAUGCCAUACCUCCAAAGUUCCACCAUUUGUUGCAACUUUCAGGCUUGCCUCGCCAGAGGUUUUUCUGCAGUGUGAUUUCUGGCGCUCUACAGUCCAGUGAGAGUGCAAAAGUGGAGUUUUUGGAGAAGGAGAAGGGUGAAAUGGGAAAUAGAGUUGGAGAAUUUAGAAAGAAGUUGAGGAUUGCUGAUAUAAAGGGUGGUCCGGAUGAAGGGCUGGAUCGUGUAGGGAAGACCAUUGUCGUGAUGGGUUGGGUUCGCACACUUCGAGUUCAGAGUAGUGUUACUUUUAUUGAGGUUAAUGAUGGUUCAUGCCUGUCAAACAUGCAAUGCGUAAUGGACUUGGAGGCUGAAGGUUACGAUCAGGUAGAGUCUGGCUUGGUAACAACUGGCGCAUCAAUAUGGGUGCGAGGAACUGUGGUGAAGAGCCAAGGGUCAAAACAGAAGGUGGAGCUGAAGGUUAACAAAAUUGUAGCGGUUGGCAAGAGUGAUCCUUCCUAUCCCAUUCAAAAGAAAAGGGUCAGCAGAGAAUUUUUGAGAACUAAAGCUCACCUUCGUCCUAGAACAAAUACAUUUGGUGCGGUUGCAAGGGUGCGGAAUGCGUUGGCAUAUGCCACUCACAAGUUUUUUCAAGAAAAUGGGUUUGUUUGGGUCUCCAGUCCUAUUAUUACAGCUUCAGAUUGUGAAGGGGCCGGUGAACAGUUCUGCGUGACUACCUUGAUUCCAGGUUCUCAAGAAGCUACCAAUUCUGUGGUGGAUGGGGUUCCAAAAACAAAGGAUGGGUUGAUUGAUUGGUCACAAGACUUUUUUGGCAAGCCAGCUUUUCUGACAGUCUCUGGCCAGCUCAAUGCUGAAACAUAUGCUACUGCUCUUUCUGAUGUGUACACAUUUGGUCCUACAUUUCGAGCUGAAAAUUCUAACACUUCUAGGCAUUUGGCUGAAUUUUGGAUGAUUGAACCAGAACUUGCAUUUGCUGAUCUGAAUGAUGACAUGGCCUGUGCAACUGCCUAUCUCCAGUACGUAGUGAGACAUGUCCUUGAAAACUGCAAGGAAGACAUGGAAUUUUUCAAUACUUGGAUUGAGAAGGGAAUCAUCGAUCGAUUGAGUGAUGUGGCUGAGAAAGAUUUUGUUCAAUUGACUUAUACUGAUGCAGUUGAACUUCUUCUGAAAACAAAAAAGAAGUUUGAAUUCCCGGUGGAAUGGGGAUGUGAUUUACAAAGCGAGCAUGAGCGUUAUAUAACUGAAGAGGCGUUCGGUGAUUGCCCUGUGAUAAUCAGAGAUUAUCCAAAGGACAUCAAAGCAUUUUAUAUGCGGCAAAAUGAUGAUGGGAAGACUGUUGCUGCUAUGGAUAUGCUGGUUCCUCGGGUUGGUGAGCUUAUUGGUGGAAGCCAAAGAGAAGAACGGCUUGAGUAUCUAGAAGACCGUUUAGAUGACUUAAAGCUAAACAAGGAAAGCUUCUGGUGGUAUCUUGAUUUGCGACGUUAUGGUUCAGUUCCUCAUGCAGGUUUCGGAUUGGGUUUUGAAAGGCUUGUGCAAUUCGCUACUGGAAUCGAAAAUAUACGCGAUGCAAUACCGUUCCCUCGAGUACCUGGUUCAGCGGAAUUUUAA